CUUUUGUAGAAAACAUUGUUCGAGUAUUUUAGUUUUUGUGUGUUCAUAAUGGAUUGACAUUAGACGGAUUGAAUUAGCAUUUGCUUUUAAGGGAAAAUAUUAGUUUUUAAUUAAACUGGGUGACUUACAAAGACAACUUGUGGAUGCAUUAUACUGAACUAGAGAUAUAAAUUGUGGAACUUCGGUCUAAUAUUUGGAGAACAAUGCAGCGCUUUGUAGACGUCUGUAGCUAAAGGCAGAACCGAUAAUCUAAAUGCCUUCCGUACAAAACAUCAGCUACAACUCCUCCAGGGUACAGAGGGCCUAUCGUAUUAACAGCAUCGAGGGUCUUCGACUGCAGAACAGGAUUCAACUUCUUGAAAAAGAGAAACUUCACACACAGAGGUUGAAUAAUCAGGAUAUUCGAUUGAUUUCCCUCACUUUGGACUAUAUUCAGACACACAGUGGUCAUAGCGCGGAAGGAUUGCCACCUGAUGGUGCUAAGGUCGUUGAGAAGGUAGUACCAGAAUAUGACGAUGGACCUACUUUUUUGUACGGUGAAAGAAUUGUUAGUAGAAAGAAACGUAGAACGCUUCGUCCGCAGUCUGCGUUGGACAAAUCUAGCAGUAGGUUGAAUAGUUUGAACAGUGAAUCAUCAUCGACGAUUUCCACCAUAGGAAUUACUGCGCGACCGCAAAGUAGUCCGAUCAGGAGGGCUACUUUUGUCACACAAUUAAAAGACAGAGACGAUGACUCAGUAUUCGGAAGUGCUUCAGAAUCAUCGAGAAGUAGUGCUGGUACACCUACGCAGAGAUUUAAACCUGCGUGGACCGAAGAACCGAUGCCGGACGUGACGAAAGUAUUACUACGCGCUGCCUCAGAGCACAACAAAAGGGACUCUAUUUUUGCUCGAUCACAUGACAUUAAAAGUCUUUCAGGUUCCUCUGCACUUAAAUCUCUAACACGAAACAUGCGAAUAAGUUCCACAUCCGGAUUGGACAACUCAGCGCAAAUGAAAGCAGCCCAUUCUAGACCUGCCUCUGAGGAGCCCGUACGGGCGACGAGAAUUACUGACAUUUUAAAUAAAGGACCAAAAGCCACUAUGUCAGCAAACGCAUGGAAAUCCCACUUAAAUUGUUCUCAGUCCGGGCCUCAAAACGCGUCUACACAGAGACAAUACGUCAUGGAAACGAAAAAAGCUGUCAACGCCAAAAGGACUAAAAUAAUAGACAGGAAAGUGAAGAAGUUUGUUUCAGAAUCUAGUCAUAUUUAAAACAUUUGCCAAGGUGUGUUUUACCUCUAAAACACCGCUUACAGUAUGUCUAUACCACGUGAUAUAUUGCGUCAUAAAUAUUACGUCUGAGGGCAACAAUUUGUUUCGAAAGAAGACUGAAAAGAGAUAACCACUAUUUCUUCACCAUUUUAAUGAAACAUAGCGCAGUAACGCCGCUUACAGGGCCCAACCUUUGAUCUUUUACCGGAGUAUGCUUGUGAGUUUAGUUUCUUAAAAUACUUCGACACACCUUUUCACAAAACGGCCGUCUGACGGAGCACCGUCAAACACUAUUUUGGAAAAAGGUUUGUCCAAGUGUUUGAUGAAAAUAAUCACAUUAAACGAAUAACAAAACAAAGGCGGUGCUCUUUGAGCGACAUAGACUGCCCUUUGUUUCGUUUGAAAAGUUGUAGUAAAGGAAAAGUUUUCUUUGUUUUAAGUCUUCUUUUUAAGCAAAAUGUUGCCUUCCUAUGUAGCAUAUAUGACGUUAUUAAUCAAGUGGUAUACACACACGCACUGGUUUAUAGAUGAUAGGAAAAUCUAGUGCUCUUAUGAUUUCUUUGUUCGCCCAAGAAUAUACGGCUUAGAUUAGAUUUUCUGAUAAGAUUAUUAUUCGUUUUCGUUUUUAUUCACAAUUCAAAAAGCUGUUAUAACUGCAUGCAUUGUCAUGUCCAACUAUAUACAUGUACAUUUCUCUAAAUACGGACGUAAGAAAAGGUGGUAUAUUAUUUGUGUAUGUUUUACUCAGGAUGUGUGACAAUACUAACCAUGCAUGAUACUAUGAUUCGUUAUAAUAAUGAUUUAACAUGUGUACUCUGACUAUGUGGGAUAAUACGAUAUAUUGAUCGCGUUAAUUCCAAAAAAUACGACCAAUCCUUAAAUUUUCAUUUCUAAAAUCUUCUGCAAUUUAUUUAUUGAAAAAGAAUGGUAACCAACAAUAUGUUGUUUGUGUAAUAGAAAAUAGCCGACAAUGUUAACGUCAUUUACCAUUUGCUAGUGGAAUGUCGUCUGAGCGCAAAACUAUGGAUUACAACAUUCGGAACUCCUCGCCCACUUUUCGUCGAAAUCAACCUCAGAUGUA